UAACAAAAGUUUCCUUCAAUGCUCCUAUGCCCUCCAACAAGGUGAUUUGUUCUGAUCUUUACGAUUGUGAUUGGUAUUGGGGAGAUUUGGACUGGAAAUGGGCAGAACGGCUGCUCCUUUUGUGCCCAAUCGGAUAUUUUUUAAUUCGAGACAGUCGAAGUGAAACUCAUCUUUUCACUGUUUCUUAUCAUUUUCAAGAUAGAGUCUAUCAUUCGCGCUUGUCACUUGAAGAUUCACGACGGAAUUUGGGUAGUCGGCAGCCAUACGUCUCACGUGACUAUUGGAAUCUUGUGGAAAUUAUUGAGAGAAGUUUAGAGCAAUCCCUAACAGGACAACAAGAAAUGCUCCACUAUCGACGUGGACAUGAAGCCGAAGCAGCGCGUGUCAAUUUAACACGUCCACUCACAAAACGAGAGCUUCUACCAUCACUACAGUACCUCUGUCGAUUUACCCUGAAAACGAGUCAACAAAAACCACCGACACCCAAAACAGCUCCUCUGCCACCAACGAUUUUAAAGUAUUUGAGUGAUUCGAAAUGGAUUAUUCCUGAUUUGAAGAAAUGUGAAGAGCAAUUGAAAUUAAGAUUUUGUGUAAUUAAUAAUUAAUUGUUUUAGUUUUGAAUUAUAUCGAAUUACGGGGUUUUUUUUGAAUGCUUAAUAAAUAACUUUUUUCUCUC